AUGUCGCCGCCCUUGCUGCCUUUAUCGCUCUUCUCUCUUGUGAUUGAAUUCCUCAUGUUCGACUACACGCCGAAAUUGGGGCCUGUGCGCCGCGAAUUUUCCGGCAAUUACCUAAAAGACGUGGCGCUCGUGUCGAAAAGCUGGUAUCAGGCUGUAGACGAACUCGCGGCGCGUUAUCGGCGCGACACGAUGCAAUUGACGUUGAAGUUUGGCUCGAGAGUCGAAGUUAUGGGGAUCCGGCGACAAGUUGAACUCCGAGGGCGCUCAGUGCGGGAUCUCCGCAUCCGAAUGGGGCGCUCGGACGGCAUGCGGUUCGUCACAGGAUGUUGA